GGGGAGGCAGCCCCGGCGGUCGGCGAUCUCAGCCCCUGCGGCGCGCUCCGGGUCACACCCCCAAGCCCCCCAGUAGGGAAGCCAACCUUAAUGAGAUGGAAACACCCUUGAACUUGGUGUCCAGAAGACAAAGGCUUGAGUUACAGCUCUGUUAGUUUUAUUGUGACCCUGGAGCCAGAAUUCACAAUGACAACAGCAACUGUAACCACAAAAGUUCCCCCAGUGGGUAAAAUAGAAGAUAAUUCUGCCUGGUAUGAAUCCACAUCAGCUCACAUCAUUGAAGAGACCGAAUAUGUGAAAAAGAUCCGAACCACUUUGGAAAAGAUCCGAAAUCAAAUUUUUAAAGACGAAGGAGGACAUAACAGCACAAAUCACAAACUAGAAACAAAGCGCUGUCCAGCUAUUCACAAUGGCUCUGGUUCUUGUGGUGCUUUGGAUCUGCUCAUGGAAAAGACGAAAGGAGAAGACUUGAAGCUCUUAGAAAUGAACAAAGAGAAUGAAGUCUUGAAAAUCAAGCUGGAAGCAUCCAGGGAAGCAGGAGCGGCAGCUCUGAGAAACGUGGCUCAGAGAUUAUUUGAAAUCUACCAAACACAGUCUGAAGAAGUCAGAAAGAAGCAUGAGGAUGAUAAACAGUUACUCAAGGUUAACAAACUUGAAAAGGAACAACAAUUGAAACAACAUGUUGAAAAUCUGAAUCAAGUUGCUGAAAAGCUUGAAGAAAAACAUCAUCAAAUCACAGAGUUGGAGAACCUUGUACAGAGGAUGGAAAAGGAAAAGAGAACACUGCUAGAAAAAAAACUGUCUUUGGAAAACAAGCUGAUGCAACUCAAAUCCAACGCUACAUGUGCUAAAAGUUGCCACGAUCUUCAAAUGGAGAUUGCCCUUCUCCAAGAGCAGCUCUCUCAUCUGCAGUUUGUGAUUCAUUCCCAACAUCAGACCCUGCGCAGUGUCAUCCAGGAGAUGGAAGGAUUAAAAAAUAAUUUGAAAGAACAAGAUAAAAGAAUUGAAAAUCUGAAAGAAAAAGUUAAUAUACUUGAAGCCCAGAAUAAAGAACUAAAAACCAAGGUGGCACUUUGGUCGGAAACUCCUAGGACAACAGUAUCCAAGGGUGUCUCUACCAGUGAAUUGAAGACUGAAGGCACUACACCCUAUCUGAUGUUGAUGAGGUUCCGGAAAUGAUCUGGCUAACUGAAGAUCUCAAUGAGAAAGAUCACUAUGUGGAUUUUAUUUAUUCCUUGAAACACAGCCUAAACGUGCAAGUUAAAAUGGCUCAAUGGCAGUAUUCAGUGGGAUUUACUAUACAUCAACAGCUCUGCAGGAAGGACUCAGCAGAAAAUCAAACAAAUAAAUAUUCAAGGCAAGGAACUUGUCCUUCAAAACUUACUGAAUGGGUGGAGAGAUGUGGGGCUUUUGAUGGAAGAUGAAUUUUGCUUUAAACUUAAAGAAUCUAAAUCAUUUUGCAUAACUUUGCUGAAGGGAGUGGUUUAAGGUUGUCAACUAUGAUCUUCUGAUAGUGGUGUUUAUGUAUAUAGAUGGAAGCAUGUAUGUGUGUGUUCACGAAUAAAUGAUAUAUUUUAAAGUUAACUUUGAAUAAUAAAAAUCAACAUGAAUUUAUAAAUUCAUCUCCUGACCCAUUGCUAGUGGGAGAGUUAAUUUCAAUGGCAUUAUGGGCAGGAGAAGCCAUUAUAGGCUCUUUUUAGCUGAUUCCCCAACCCACACAGCCCUCCAAUGCUAACAAUCACCGUGUCUUACUGCACCUUUGGAAGCCAUUGUUCUUCAGCUGGCAUCGAGAAUUGGUUGCUGGAGAUAACCCACAAGUAAGCAUGAAGAAAUGCAGUGUGACUCUGGCUUUGUGCCUAAUUUUCCUUUCAAGAUUCAUUGUAUUAUCUAAGAAAAUAUUUGGGGGGAAGAAUAGAAACACAAUGCUGUCAACUCAUACCUUCACAAAAAUGUAUGUAUUAUGGGUUCAGAGGUACAGUGGCUACUGUCUAUAGCUAGGAAGACUCUUAAUUCAUGAAUUGGAAUUGUAUGUCUAGUGCCUUGGUGAAAGUGUGCUUACAUUUUGAUAGAAGCAUUCAUCACAGGUGAGUUUGUGCUUGCUAUGAGGAAAACCAGACUCUAAUUUGUAGAAAUGCAAACAGGCUAACAGGAGAGAAGGCACUUGAACUAAAGGAAUAAUGGGCAGACUUAGCCUUGCUGAAGCAGGAAUUACUUGUAAGCCUUUUGAUCAUCCUCUCUGGUGUAGGACUGUAAACAUUUUCCCAGGAAAGAUGCUUCAAGCCUUUCAAUGUGGAGUGUGAAAUAUCAGUAUUAUCUAUGAAAUAUUUAAAAAUACAAAUGAGAUAAAGGAAUGUAUUUAUAAAUUCAUCAAGGUACUGUAAUCCUUGAAAUGUUGCAUAACUAUAUGUAUGCAUUUCAUGCGUCAAGUUUUUAUUGGUUGCUAGUUUUCAAACGUAAUUAUUUAAUAACAUUUAUGACGCAGUUCUUAUGCCGGGAACAAUUCUAAGUACUUUACCUGUAUUAAUUGCUUCAAUCUUCCCAAAAGGCCUCAAAAGUGUGUCAUAUUAUUAUUACCAUCUCACAGGGGUAGAUACUCUGAGGUCUACUGAUCUUCCCUGCUGCUACCUGUGGAGCAAGGAUUUGGACCUCUUGAUGUAGCCAUCAAUAUUCCUUCUACCUGCUAGCUUGGUGGUCGGAGAUAGUCCCACACUACAGAAAUGCCUUUCUUUUUGCUACUUUAAUAAGACAGUUUCCUUGUUGGCUGUCUGCAUUAUCCUGUGAAUGAUGGUUCAAAACAAACCUUACUCAUAUAGUAAAUGUCUUUCUGCAGUGAUGGGCCUUUCACCUAUUUGGACCACCCUUCUAAGAACGUAGUUCAGAAAAACCUCCCUGCUAAAAGUCUUGUAAGUUUACAUUUAUCAUCAUGACCUUAUGCCACAUAGAAGACUUUUUGGCAGUAUAUUUUCAGGCACAUUUGUGGGAGAUUCGGAUCAUGAAUUCUGCUUCAAGCAUUUGCCGUGUAAUGCGUGAAUUCACCUUUCAUCUGGAGAUCACUUAGGUUCCUUUUAUACCUCAAUCACCAAGGUGGAUGGUAAUGAAUACGAAAUUUUGGAAUGGACCCACCCAACUGACCUAACAACCAGAAUGGUUCCCAUGAGAAUAAUGUGUGCUAAAAAAAAUUGGAAGACACUGCUGGAUUUAAUGUAGGUUUCACCGUGCUCAUUUUUGAACAUGGAAGGGCCUCUGGACGUGAUAUGGAUUGGACCUGCUCAUCUGCCCUCCACGUUCACCUUGGAAUGGUCUUUGGAUUGCCUGAGACUAAGAUUAAGCAGUUUCAGCAGCAUAAAAAAAUCUGGACUUUCAAAGACAAAAGUAUCCUUUUAAUAGCAUCCGCAGUAUCAUGUAUUUGUCAUAUAUAUAUUAUUUCCUAUAUCUUUACUGUCUCAGCUUUUAUCAUUUGGAAUGUUUUGGGAAUAAAUAUUUCUGAGCCAAUAAAACAAACAAUGACAAUGGAGAAUAAAAAGUAUUAAUCUGAAAGUAGUAUCACACGAGAAAUGCAAGAAAAGAAACACCAGUUCAGUUGUAACCUAAAUAAUUACACUUGUACUAAUUAGUAUAUUAAAUAAGAAGGUCUGAGGUGGACCUUGAAGUGAAUAUAUGAAGGUAGAAAAUGAAAAGAAACUUAGUUUCACUUUGAUCACAUAUAUCAUUACAAAUUACCAUCUGGAAAUGUUUAAACAACAACAUGGAGAAAUGUUUAAAUAAUUGGUAUAAUACAUAUAUCUUUUGAAUAAUUGUUUAUAAUAAAGAAAUUGAUAUUA